AAAGAUCAUCACACAUGACCACACAGCGCCCUUAGCCUCACACACCACCACCACACAACCUUUCACACAUCACCAUCGGCUUCAAACAUCACCUCAACCAACAUCACACAACCUUCAUCAUACCACCUUGAAAACACAGCCACCGCAAGGCACAGUCAUUAGCAGUGCACCUCACCACGCAUAACCACAGCCACCAAGCACUCUCCACCUCCCCCACACAUAACCACACACCUCCCGCCACAGCUAGCCACCCGCAUCCCCACUGCCCUGCAUAUAACCAUACGCACAUUUCCACCUCUCCACACAUAACCACACACACAACUCUGUACUUUUUAGCCCACAUAUCCGCACCUCCGUAAACAUAACCCCCUCACACAUAGCACAUUAGACAUAACACAUUACACAUAACACAUUAGACAUAACACAUUACACAUAACACAUUAGACAUUAUACGUUACAUAUAACACAUUACACAUAACACAUUAGACAUAACACAUAAUACAUUACACAUUACACAUAACGCCCACACACAUAAUACAUUCUACAUAACGCCCACACACAUAACACAUUCUACAUAACGCCCACACACAUAACACAUUCUACAUAACGCCCAUACACAUAACACAUUAGACAUAACACAUUACACAUUACACAUUAUACAUAAUACAUUCUACAUAACGCCCACACUGAUCCCCAUUGUCCGGCCGCCGCCAUGGUGCUGCAUCACCUGCUGGACUUUGGCAAGACGCUGCUGCGCGUGAAGGUGGUGGACUGUAACAGCGAGGACUCGCACUUGGCGCGAUGCCUCAACACCUUCGACCUGGUGGCGCUGGGCGUGGGCAGCACGCUGGGCGCCGGCGUGUACGUGCUGGCGGGCGCGGUGGCGCGCGAGAACUCGGGGCCUGCCAUCGUGCUGUCCUUCCUCAUCGCCGCGCUGGCCUCCGUGCUGGCUGGCCUGUGCUACGCCGAGUUCGGGGCGCGCGUGCCCAAGACCGGAUCGGCGUACCUGUACAGCUACGUGACGGUCGGGGAGCUCUGGGCCUUCAUCACCGGGUGGAACCUCAUCCUCUCCUACAUCAUCGGGACGUCCAGCGUUGCGAGAGCGUGGAGCGCUACGUUCGACGGGCUAAUCGGCAAACACAUUGAGCACUUCUGCCGACGGUACAUGACCAUGAACGCCCCUGGCAUCCUAGCAGAGUACCCGGACCUGUUCGCUGUGGUCAUUAUCCUAAUACUCUCAGGUCUUCUGGCAUUUGGAGUGAAGGAGUCGGCCAUCGUCAACAAGGUGUUCACCUGCAUCAACGUGCUGGUUCUGGUGUUUGUGGUGGUGUCAGGGCUUGUCAAGGGCACCGUCAAAAACUGGCACUUGGUCCCCGAGGAGAUCCUGAACAGCUCAGCCACUGUCAAUGCUAGUGCUGCCGCUACUGAGGACCUGGUUGCUCAUCUGGGUGUGGGCGGCUUCAUGCCGUUUGGCUUCCAUGGUGUUCUGUCUGGAGCGGCCACCUGCUUCUACGCCUUCGUAGGCUUCGACUGCAUCGCUACCACAGGGGAGGAGGUGAAGAAUCCCCAGCGUGCCAUCCCCAUCGGCAUCGUGUCGUCUCUGCUGAUCUGCUUCGUGGCGUACUUCGGCGUGUCCGCGGCGCUCACCAUGAUGAUGCCCUAUUACCUGCUGGACAAGAACAGCCCCCUGCCCGUGGCCUUCGAGUACGUGGGAUGGCAGGGAGCCACCUACGCCGUGGCAGUGGGCUCGCUAUGUGCCCUGUCCACCAGUCUGCUGGGCUCCAUGUUCCCCCUUCCCCGUAUUAUCUUUGCCAUGGCGCGCGACGGCCUCCUCUUCAAGUUCCUGUCGCGUGUGAGUGAGAGAAAGACGCCCAUCAUGUCCACCAUGGCGGCCGGUGGUAUGUCCGCGGUGAUGGCCUUCCUGUUUGACCUGAAGGAUCUGGUGGACCUCAUGUCCAUUGGCACACUGCUGGCCUACACCCUGGUGGCUGCCUGUGUUUUGGUGCUCAGGUACCAGCCGGCACAGCCCAGCAUGGAGUACCAGAUGGCCAGCACCCAGGAGGACGGGGAGCUGACCGAGUCCCUUGGUGCCCCCAGCAUGGGCGUGCUGCCUGGGGUGGAGGAGCACUUCAGCCUCAAGACCCUGCUCUUCCCAGAGAUCGCUGAGCCCAGUCACCUGUCCGGCUUCUCCGUCAAUAUCUGCGCCAGCAUCCUCGGCCUGUUGAUCCUGGUGUUCAGCAUCCUGUCGGUGCAGACUACUGCUCUGUGGGAGGUGGUGGCCAUGAUGACCAUCAUCUUCAUGGUCUGCAUGCUGCUGGUCUUCAUCAUCUGGAGGCAGCCCCAGAGCAGGACCAAGCUCUCCUUCAAGGUACCCUUCCUGCCCUUCCUGCCGGUCGUCAGCAUGUUUGUGAACGUCUACCUGAUGAUGCAGCUGGACAGGGGCACCUGGGUGCGCUUCGCCGUUUGGAUGGCUAUUGGGUUUGUGAUCUACUUUGGUUACGGCAUCCGGCACAGUGCGGAAGCGGGCGUGAGCCGGCGGGAGCGGCCUGAGGAGGAGCUGAGAGAGUACAAGCCCAUGACGGAAAUCAACGGGGACGCCCGCGCCUCCCCGGAAAAGGAGGCCUUCCUCCUCACCAACGGCCUCAGCAGCAGAGUCGACGACGAGGGCGACCUGCUCGAGUCAUAAACAACAAACACCCACAACAAUCACCCACCGCCUGUUUGCUCGUUGUACAUUUUAUAUUUACCAAAAAAAAAACCACCAACAGCAAAAAACGGAAUGUACAUUUGACACUACGCGAUGUCAAGGAGGAGUAUUACAUGCCCAAAUGACUUCUUUCUUUUGUUUUUAAACAAAAAAACACUUUUUUGCUAAAACGAGAGCACAAGUUAUCCCAAGAGAAACCAUAUCACAGACAGGCAGGUGUACUGCCUCCAGCCAUUAGGAGGAGGUAGAGGAGGUGGAGGAGGUGGAGCAGUCCUUGCAGUGUUUGAAAGCUGUUGAAUGUUUUGUCUGGACCUAAACUGUGUGCUGUAAGCUCAGGGUUAGAGUUCUUUGCAUUUUUGGAGGUGUGGGGUCAGUUGUCACGGGCCCAGGGAAAUGGGAGGUCCAGAUUUAGGUUCUUUGUCACGGGCCCAGGGAAAUGGGAGGUCCAGAUUUAGGUUCUUUGUCACGGGCCCAGCCAAAGCUGUCAGCGGCCCUGGACAGCAGUUGCAUGAGGUUUUUCUACUAUUGAUAUUAUCUUGAAACAUUUGAAGAGUUUGCUUCCAAAGUGCUAUAUAAAAAAACAUUUAGUGGUAUGAAGUGAGAAGCACAAUUAAAUAAACACAUGCCAUUUUUUAAAUAAUUUUGAAAAUGGAUAUGUUAAGUUUUGGAAACAAGCUCUUCAUUUCGUUCUUUGCGAGGCGUGUCUUCAUUACUUAUUGAGGACCCUCUCAGAUAUCGAUCCACAAGCUGCAAUAUUUGAUCAACAUUGCUUUUUUACAGCUCACUUGAUGAUGCAACAAAAAGAAACUCGCUUGCUUAGAAUAGCCUUUCCCUGUAUGUUACCAGAUAACCUAAC